GGCUGCGCCAACGUGGAAAGUUAUACUGACUUGUUAAUAGAAGAAAAGGUCAUCUUACCUCGGCGUCAUCUGGACGAGAUAAGAUGGCUUUCAGAUGACUAUUUAGACAGCCACAAGUCAAUCUAUAAGCACACCAUGACUCGCUACACUAAACUCGAACCAAUCCAUGCGCACAUGAACCUCCUCACCCAUGUCACUAGAAGCGAUCUUACUCAUAGCUUAGCUCGUAUCAAUACUCAAUUAGCAGCGGAGGUGGAGCGCACAGUUGUUGAAGUGCUUCCGAGAUGUGAUGACUGGACUUCAGUCCACGUGGCAUCCACCAGCCUACGGAUAACUGCUAUAGCUUCAGGAAGCAUCUUUGUCGGGAGCGACCUCUGUCGUCGAGAAGAGUAUGUGAACAGCAGUAUAAAUUUCACAGUCGAUAUAUUCACAGCAAUUCCGAAACUGAAGAUGUGGUCACCGUGGUUGCGGCCUAUUGGACAAUACUUCAUUCCUGAGUUGAAACGAGUUGCAGAACACAGAAGAAAGGUUAAGGAGCUCCUGGAUCCGGUCAUAACUGAGAGGUCAAAUAUGGCCAAAAAAGGGCAAUCAUUACCCGAUGAUAUGCUCCAGUGGAUGUUGAACAAGCGCGAAGAUUUCAACCUGGCCGAAGAUGAUAUAUCCACAGUUCAAUUGAACCUUGGGUUAGCUUCGAUUCAUACGACAGCGCUGACAAUUGUGUCCAUUCUGUAUGACCUCGUAACUCGUCCCGAACUCAUUGAAGAUAUUCGAGAGGAAAUAAAGAGUGCCGUAGCGAAUAAUGAUGGUAUAAUAACUAUGCGCGCCCUUUUUGAGAUGAAGCUUCUUGACAGUGUCAUGAAGGAGACCGUAAGGUUGACUCCGGGAAGCCUUGUUCGAUUCAAUCGUUACGUGAAGAAGAGUGUAACCCUAAAGGAUGGAACGUAUCUCCCGUCCGGUACUUGGAUUGAAGCAAAUCACGGCUUCAUCGUCUCGGACCCAACAUUAUAUUCUAAUCCUGAGAAUUUUGAUGGCUAUCGGUUUUUGAAUCUCCGAAACAAGACAGCAGUCGACCCUCUGGGCUACAAGAACACGGAGCAGUACCAAUUCGUUACGUCGACGAAGGAUUUCAUGCAUUUCGGUUAUGGACCGCAUGCCUGUCCUGGUCGUUUUUUUGCGGCAAAUGUGAUUAAGUUAAUUACAGCCCGCAUUCUCAUGGAGUUCGAUAUCAAGAUGCCAGAUGGUAUGACCGAGCCGUAUCAAAAUACUGGCACAGGCUUUGAUGUGCGGCCGGACGUAACGAAGAUGCUCAUGUUUAAACGGGUCAAGGUGUAGUUCUGAUGGAAUCGAUGGAAACACUGUGAACGUUAAAUACCUAUACACGCCUUUCGCAACACUUUACCUACAUUAGGUACUUUAAGCAUUGUAAUCAGUGUCGCUUAAAAUCACUGUAGCGGGUGAGCGUCCUAAGAGAUGCUUAACCUAGACAUUUUUACCGACAUAAACACAAAUAGGAUCAAUUCGAAAAGCAUAAGCGACAUUCGUUAUACCUUCCUUUGGGCUUCUUCUGAAGUAGGUCGUGACAACAACCUCAUAUACGAUUUGA